AUUCCGCUCUACGCCCAAAAUGGCGGCAGGAUUGAAAAGUUGGUGAUGUUUUUACCCCACUUUGAAAACUCCUUUUUUUCUAAUUUGCGCAUUUUCUGAAUGUAAAAAAGGUCUCGAGUACGAGGCGAUAUUGAAAACUUGAGUAGAGCUGGUGUUGUAUGCUGAUGGAAGUUGAAGUUCGUCGGUAAUCUGCCUCCUGCCCCCACCCGGGUCCGGUGUUUUGCUCUCGGGAAAGUGGGGCUGAAUUGUGUUUCGGCGGCGGCGCAGCGAUGCCAGUAACGCAGAGAGAACCGACAAUACAUCCCUUGAAUCCACAAUGACGAGGAUCUGCGGAUAGACAUGGAGGAUGACGUAAAGAAAGCAAAAAAGCCUGGCAUCGUGUCUCCGUUCAAGCGCGUGUUCCUGAAAGGGGAAAAGGGUCGGGAUAAGAAGUCCCAGGAGAAGCUUACGGAACGGCGCGCCCUGCACACCGUUCCCCUGUCCCUGCCCGACCACCGCGUCGACCCGGACAUCCUGCUCAAUGACUACAUCGAGAAGGAAGUCAAGUAUUUGGGGCAGCUGACCUCAGUCCCGGGGUACCUGAACCCAUCCAGUCGCACAGAGGUUCUGCAGCUCAUCGACAAUGCCAGGAAGCUGCACCAGAUCGCGGGUCAGCUGACGGCGGAGCUGGACGCCCUGGUCAGCCUCUCGGCGUACAACGUGAAGCUGGUGUGGCGCGACGGCGAGGACAUCAUCCUGCGCGUGCCCAUCCACGACAUCGCCGCCGCGUCCUACAUCCGCGACGACGCGCUGCACCUGGUGGUGCUCAAGACGGCCCAGGAGCCGGGGGCGUCUCCGAGCCCCAGCGGCGGGGCGGAGGGCUCUAAAUCCCCGACGCUGAGCGCUCUGACCGAGCCUGGAGCCGUGCUGCUGGAGCUCUGCAGCCUGCUGGUGCUCGCUGUGGAAAACAAGGCUGCUGCAGAGGAGCUGUGUAUGCUCCUGAGUCAGGUGUUCCAGAUCGUUUACACAGAGUCCACCAUCGACUUCCUGGACAGGGCCAUAUUCGACGGGGCGUCCACUCCCACCAGACACCUCUCUCUCUACAGCGAUGAUUCCUCCAGCAAAGUGGACGUGAAGGAGCCGUUUGAAACAGAGGCGAGCACUCUCUCCUUCCCGGGGUCUCUGGAUGGGGGCGGUAACUCCCCCUCCUCCUGCUCCUCCACUCCUGCGUCUCCUCAGAUCAAAACCGUGAGCGAGGGGGAGCUCAGUACCACUGCUGCAGAGCUGCUGCAGGACUACAUGACCACGCUGAGGACCAAGCUGUCGUCUCAGGAGAUCCAGCAGUUCGCAAUGCUGCUGCACGAGUAUCGCAACGGCUCGUCCAUCCACGAGUUCUGCAUCAACCUGCGGCAGCUGUACGGGGACAGCAGGAAGUUCCUGCUGCUGGGCCUGCGGCCCUUCAUCCCGGAGAAGGACAGCCAGCACUUUGAGAACUUCCUGGAGACGAUCGGCGUGAAGGACGGGCGGGGCAUCAUAACGGACAGCUUCGGCCGGUACCGGCGGGCGGUGAGCUCCGCCUCCGGCUCCACCACCAAUGGGAACGCGGCGGGGGAGGAGUCGGAGGAGCAGCGCGCCCCCUCGGAGGGGGACGAGUGGGACCGCAUGAUCUCCGACAUCAGCAACGACAUCGAGGCGCUGGGCUGCAGCAUGGACCAGGACUCCUCCUGA